GAUUUUUGGUUAUAAUCUAGUUGUUCUCUUUAAAAUCCUGUUGUGUCACCAGCAUGAUCCCAGUCAUGUGCCCCCUCCCAUUUACCCUAGCUAGACAAAGCAGGCGGAGUCUUUUGGCCAAGACACGCCCAUUUAGUCUUAUGACAGACUGGUGCCUGAUUGGCGUGCUCAGCUGUGCCCUUGUUUUUGACCUGGCCUCGUGCCAAAAAAUGGACCCUUCCAAACACCCCGUCAUCAGCACCAACUACGGCAAACUUCGAGGCAUCAAGAAGGAUUUGAACAAUGAGAUCCUGGGUCCUGUUGAGCAGUACCUGGGCGUGCCCUAUGCCACGGCGCCCAUCGGCGACCGCCGUUUCCAGCCGCCUGAAGCGCCAGGAUCCUGGCAGGAGAUCCGCAACGCCACCCAGUUUGCCCCCGUGUGCCCGCAGAAUGUCCAUGGCGUGCUGCCAGAGAUAAUGCUACCUGUGUGGUUCACAGAUAACCUGGACGUGGCAGCAGGUUACAUCCAGAACCAGAGCGAGGACUGCCUGUACCUCAAUGUCUACGUGCCCACAGAGGACGGUCCGCUCACAAAAAAACACGAUGAAUCUUCAACGAACAAGCCUCGAGACGAAGAUAUCCGUGAUCGCAGGAAGAAGCCAGUGAUGCUGUUCAUCCAUGGAGGCUCGUACAUGGAAGGCACCGGGAACAUGUUUGAUGCCAGCGUCCUAGCCGCCUACGGCAACGUCAUCGUGGUGACCAUGAACUACCGGCUUGGCGUUCUGGGUUUCCUCAGUACUGGUGAUCAGUCUGCUAAGGGGAACUAUGGUCUUCUGGACCAGAUUCAGGCUCUGCGUUGGCUCAAUGAGAAUAUCGGCCAUUUUGGUGGUGACCCAGAGAGGAUCACCAUCUUCGGUUCUGGAGCUGGGGCAUCUUGCGUCAACCUUCUUAUCCUUUCCCACCACUCAGAAGGUCUGUUCCAGAGAGCCAUAGCUCAAAGUGGAACAGCUAUCUCCAGUUGGUCAGUCAACUACCAACCCCUAAAGUACACCAAGAUCCUAGCCAGGAAGGUGGGCUGCACCUACACAGAGACGGCUGACCUGGUCGACUGCCUCAGGCGCAAGAAUUUCAGGGAACUGGUGGACCAGGACAUCCAGCCAGCCCGCUACCACAUCGCUUUUGGGCCUGUGGUAGAUGGAGACGUGGUGCCUGAUGAUCCUGAGAUUCUCAUGCAACAAGGAGAGUUUCUCAACUAUGACAUCUUGAUAGGAGUGAAUCAAGGAGAGGGGUUGAAGUUUGUGGACGACAGUGAAGACAGCGAGGGAAUCUCAGCUGCAGCAUUCGACUACACCAUCUCUAACUUUGUGGACAACCUCUACGGAUACCCAGAGGGCAAAGACAUCCUGAGGGAGACCAUUAAGUUCAUGUACACAGACUGGGCAGACAGAGACAACGGGGACAUGCGAAGGAAGACCUUGUUAGCUCUGUUUACGGACCACCAGUGGGUGGCACCAGCAAUUGCCACCGCAAAACUCCAUGCAGAGUUCCAGUCUCCAGUUUACUUUUACACAUUUUACCAUCACUGCCAGACAGAGACACGGCCUGAAUGGGCUGACGCCGCUCAUGGAGAUGAGAUACCAUAUGUAUUUGGCGUGCCCAUGAUUGGUGCCACUGACCUGUUCCCGUGCAACUUCUCAAAGAAUGAUGUCAUGCUGAGUGCAGUGGUGAUGACGUACUGGACCAACUUUGCCAAGACUGGGGACCCUAACUUACCAGUCCCUCAAGACACCAAGUUCAUUCACACCAAGCCCAACCGCUUUGAGGAGGUCAUUUGGACAAAGUUCAAUUCCAAGGACAAGCAGUAUCUUCACAUUGGCUUGAAACCCCGUGUCAGAGACAACUACAGGGCCAACAAGGUGGCCUUCUGGCUAGAAUUAGUCCCCCACCUGCAUAGCCUCCAUGAGGAGCUCUUCCCAACCACAACCCGUUUGCCUCCAGGGCCUGGUCCAGGAACUCAUAGACCCUGGCCGCGGCCACCGGGCCCAAGACCAACUCGGCACCCCUAUCCUACUUUCCCUUCUGACCCAGAGCUUGAAGGUUCAGAACGCCCACAUCAGGACCUCUUCCCUGGAGACACCCGCGACUACUCCACUGAGCUGAGUGUUACAGUCGCUGUGGGAGCGUCACUCCUCUUCCUCAACAUCCUGGCCUUUGCUGCCCUGUACUACAAGCGUGACAAGCGACAUGAGAUGCGGCGCCACAGGCUCUCUCCACAGCGGGGUGGCCCAGCCAACGACCUGGCCCACAGUCAGGAGGAGGAGAUCAUGUCUCUGCAGAUGAAGCACUCUGAGCACGAUGCUCACCAUGACAUGGAGCCACUCCGGCCUCACGACAUCCUGCGGCCCGCCUGCCCACCUGACUACACUCUUGCACUUCGCCGUGCCCCUGACGAUGUGCCGCUGAUGACGCCUAACACCAUCACCAUGAUCCCCAGUACCAUCACCAGCAUGCAGCCACUCCAUGCAUUCAACACCUUCCCCUCCACUGGCCACAACAACACCCUGCCCCAUCCCCACUCCACCACCAGGGUAUAGUAGGGACUGGCCUUACACAGCGCCACCUAAGGACCUGGAAGACUGGCUUUGCUACAUCUGUAGAAGAAGAGUCUGGAUCUGGGCCUUUAUUCUGUUCUCUUAUUGUCUUGUUUCUCCAAAAAAUAAAUAAAAAUAAAAAAAUAAAAAACUCCACCUCCUCCAUGAAGUGCUGUGAAAGGUAACAGUUCCCUCCAUGUGGAGAAACAGCUGAACUGCUGGGCAGUGGAUGAUCAGUGUGGUGGUGUUUUAAAAAGGUCUACAGACUAAAGCCCCCUGAUAAAUGUUGAAGGGACGAAACAUUUUUCGCGCCCCUCUUCUUACAUUGGUGACAUUGUCUUUUCCUCUCCCUGCUGUUUUUGUGCAUACACAUUUGCUCUUUUCUACAUCCGCAUCUUACUCCCGCUUUGUACCUUUCAUUCCGCAUAUGAUUCUGUCCCUCCCCAGCACUCUUUUACUCAAAGGAUUCAAAAACUAUAGAGCUGUUGGAGUCUUAGAGUGCACACAGUAAGAAUAUGGCUAUGAAACAAUACAAUACUUUCAUUCUACCAGCAUUUUUUGGUGCCAAGUAUGUACUGCUGUGUUUGCAUUUUUUAUUUUUUAUUUUUUUGGGAGGGGGGGAA